AUGCCCGAACCCGUUGACCUCGGCAAACUCGUCGACCUGAACCCAGGUCUCGGGCCCCAGCCGCCCAUGACCUACGAUGGCAUCAUGGAAGCUGCUGGCAGGUCUACUCUUUCAGACAAGGAAAUUGCUGAAAAGGCCAAAGAGGAAUGGGAUAGCUUCCCGUCCAUCUGGUUCUGCAACUUCCCCGACCAGCCUUCCACUUCGAUGCAGCAGCGGCUGGCGGAAUACAUGCAAGACAUCAAGGACUACCGUAGCUGGGCAAGCCUGAUCUGGUGGCGCACCGUCUUCAGUCAUCCCGACAUGCCGCAAGACUCCAGCAUGCAGUCCCGUAUCCGACGAAGUGCUUAUUGCGCCAGAGUCGGCGUGCACCACAUGAAGACCACGCCAUGGCUUUCAAUCAGCCGAGAUGUCAACCAUUCCAAGAUUAUCGAAUGCCGCGUCGAAGAGUUUCACGGCGAGCUCAUUAGGGCCGUCUUGGCUGGGUUUGUGGGCGUGAAUGCACGAACCAUUGAAGCCCUGGAGACAGUCCUGAAGAGCAUGACCAAAACAAUCGAGCAGAGUUCCGGAGAGGCAAUGAACAAAAUGAUUGCGUGCGAGCGGUACGAGUACAUCCGCCAGUCCGACACGGUCAGAUCUUUCGUUCGCCUGGUCAGUUUCGCCGUCACCCAGAGCAUGCGCCAGGUCUCAAGGGCAAAGCAAACUUCGUCUUGGGUCCGCUGCACUAUCGACUACAAUGACUACGAGGCGGGCUUUAACCGCUCCAUGUGGCAGCGCUCGAAGGAACUGAUCCAUGAGCAGCAGAUGAAGGAGAUGGAGGACUUUAUCAACGAGUCUACUGUGGAUAUUCCCCCUUGA